AUGAUGAUAGAGCGCUUCCCUGCCAUCCAAGAAGAAGAGGAAAGCAGCUGUGUAAUGCAAAUACCAGUUGCAUGGGACCCAAAAACACUGACAGAAAUCCAAGUACGUGUUCGCCCCGAGUGGAGCCAGAUGAUCAAUCGCUUCUCUUCUUCAGGGAGGAAUGGAAUGGGUGCUGGUGCCGUUGAAAGACAAACGGCAGAACCAGGCAGACCCCACACUGGUAGCUAUCCGACUGGAAUCGCAGGUACUGGUAGGGUUUCCAUGGCUGCUAGUACAGAGGAAACAAAACCAGAACAGCUUUCUGCAACGCAGCAAGAGUUGGAGUCAUGCCUUCAACUGCUGGAAGAAGAAGGACCAGGAUAUCUGGUGCAUGAUAGUGAAAGUAUCACCUGCACAGACAAGCAAGAUGAUGAAGACGAGGAUGACUUUGCUGUUGAAAGCAGUUUCUAUGAUAGUUUCUAUGAUAGUUUCUGUACUCUCGGCAGUUCCAGCAGUGCAAGUAGUGCCAGCAGUGUAUCUGAAUUUAACUUUGGUGACUUGGACAUGACCCCCUUUCUUCAACUGAGCUCUAGUAGCUCCAAGAAUGCGAUCAAGGAUGAGGAACAUCCCGAAGCUAAACACUGUGGUGUCAAUGAGGAAGCCACUGUAUGUUCUGAUUCUGAGUGUCUGUUACUUGGACGAGCCACAUCUGCAAGAGAUUUGGAUGUGCCACCACAAUGGUUAUCAAUGCCACAGGAAGAAUCCAGAAGACCCUCUACUACUGAGUCUGCUACUGAGGAACUGUGCGAUUCAAGUUGCAAGUACCAUAACAAGGAAUGCAGUUCUCCAAGCGUUGCCGAAGAUACCGUUUUAUCUACAGAGCAUGGCCAUGAUGAUGAUGAUACGUGGUACGCAUUCGAACAAGAGAAGGCUGAGUUAGAGGAUGAAAGGCCGCCCGCGGAGUUUGACAGUGUGUUUCAUGAGUUUUCGUAUUACUAUUGUAAUGCCAUCCGGGAGGUGCGCAGUCAGCACAUGUAUGUCUUUGCUACCGACUCUGCCACCGCUUCAUAG